AACACUUUUUUUUUUUUUUUCUGUAACUUUAGUUCAAGCUAAGGUAACAAAUAAGUAUUGUUGCGUUAGAUUAUUAAGAGUAAUAUUUCUGUAAGUGUUGCAAUCUUAAGUGUUGCCUAUUCUCAUUUUUUUUGUAGUGUUUUUUAAUAAUCCGAACUUUAAUAUCCAUUUGUUUUCAAUGGUCCCAACCGGCUAUUUAACUUCUUAUAACAAGUUAGCUGACACGUGUAAAGACGUAAUUGGUAAAAAAAAAAAAGAAAAAAAAAGAAAUUAAAAAAAUAAAAUAAAAUAAAAUUCAAUUAAUUGACUAAAGACCACCACCACCUCCAGUAGCUCCAGCCACCCUCCGGCACCACACUCCCGCUGCAAUACCGACGGCCAGACCCACCACCCCGCACUGGCCGGCAAUGUCGCCGUCCUUUCCUCUACUCCUAGUCGCUGUCCGCCACUCCAAAACCCACGAACCCUUGAAAUCCCCAAAAACCCCCGAUAUCCCUGAGUAAAAAACCACCCCGGCCACAAAAAAACCCCAAUUUCUACCUCGCCCAUUCUCGGAAACCUAGCGAAAAAGAGUUUCGAGUGUUAGGGGAGGGGCGAUGGGUAGUUUAAGUGGUGGGGAUGGAUUUUUUUAAGGAUUUUGAAGGGAAGGAAGGGGUUUCGUGGUGGGCCUAUGGUGGUUCAGGGGGAAGGGCGACGGCGGGGGCGGGGCAGGGGAAUGGGUCUGGGAGCAGUGGGGUGACGGGUUGUUGGGCGGUGGGUGGGGGUCGGGGAGGUGGCUGGUGCUAGCCGCUGGUAGGUGGUGUUGGUUUUCAUUUAUUUUUAUUUUUUUAAAAAAUUGGUAGUUAAUAAUAUUAGUUAAGAUUUAAUUAGCAACUAAAUUAAAAAUUAAAAUCAUUUUGACCAAUUAAGUAAUGACACAUGUACAUUAAACUUUUUUUUUUAAAAAAAAUUACCAGUUGAACAAGUUAAAUGUCACUUGGGACCAUUAGAAACAAAUUGAUAUUAAAGUUCGAAUUAUUAAAAAAAAUUAAAAAUUGGGAUUAUUUUGAGCGAAUGGGGCAAAAUUGGGGUUAUUCUUGUCAAUUUUUCCUAACUUUUAACAUUAUUCAUGGAAAUCGCUAAACCACUAAACUAGUGUUUGAUAUGAACUAGAUGAAUUAUUUUCUCUUUGAUUAAAAAUUCAUCUCCCAUUUUCACCAAAAAAAAAAAAAAAUAAUAAAAAAAAAUUCAUCUCCCAUUUUCCCGCGUUACAAUUUCGCCCUUUUCCCGUCAUCUUCUUCCCACUCACUUUCUCUCUCUUCCUCUCAGCUACUUAACUCAAAAUCAACACUUUCUCUCUCCUCUUCUCUUCUUCCAAUUUUUCUGGAAAACCCAGAAAACAAUGGAAUCGAAGCCAUUUAAGGGUUCAAAUGUGUUCAUGUCCAGAAAUUUAGUACCUCCCGAAGUGUUCGAUUCUCUUCACGAUGCCCUAAAACUCAACGGUGCUACUGUCUUCCUUUGUUGUGAUCCUUCUCGCAACUCUCCCAACGAUUUUCAUGUCAUCGCUUCAUCUCACCAUGAAAAAUUUGAGGAUUUGAGAGCGAAGAAAUGCAAUUUACUAGGUCCACAAUGUGUUCUUUCCUGUGCAAAAGAGAGGCGAGGACUGCCUAGGCUAGGUUAUUGUUGUUGUCUUGCUAUGGAUGGUGUUAAAGUUCUUGCAUCUGGCUUUGGGCAAGAGGAAAAGGAAAGAAUAGGAAAGCUAGUGACUGCUAUGAGUGGUAGCUUUACUACUAAGACUUCCUUGGAUGUUAACUUUAUUAUCGUGAAGAAUGUGAUGGCUGGAAAGUACAAGUGGGCUGCGAGUAAAGAGAAGAAUAUAGUCACUAUUAAUUGGUUGAACCAAUGCUGGGUUGAGCACCGUGUCGUUCCCCUAGAACCAUACAGAGUCCCACCCUUCUCAGGAUUGAUCAUCUGUGUCACUAGAAUUCCUGGAGAUGAGCGGAAGGAGAUGGAGAAGCUUAUCAUACAAAAUGGGGGAAAGUAUUCUGCUGAACUGACCAAGCUCUGCACACAUCUACAUGCUCAAGUUCCCGAAGGUGACAAAUUCAAAGUUGCAAAGAGAUGGGGUGUCUGUAUUGUUGUUCGAAAAUGGUUUGAUCAGUCGAUUGCUCGAAGAAUAUGUCUCGAUGAGGAAGCCUAUUCAGUUCUGAGUCCUUCCAUCUCUUCAGCUUCUGCCUUGAGGAAAAAACUAAUAUCUAAGUCCUGUCAGGACAAGUGUACUAUCAAGUCACAAUCUAUUUUGUCAUCAGCAGCAACAGAAUCUUCUUUGCAAGCUGCUCCAUCUGUGUGGACUACAGAUUCUGAUUUGGAUGUUGCUCAAUCUCAAAAUCUUUCUACUGGUUGUCAGAAUGUCUCUUUCAUUUCCAAGGAUGAGGAAAUUGAACGACAUGAUCUUCCUGGUGAUGCCAAGGAGCUGGAUUGCUAUAUUGCUGAUGAUUCAGAAUCUGAUGAUGGCUUAUACCUAUCUGAUUGCAGAAUUUGUCUAGUUGGUUUUAGUGCUUCUGAUGUGAGAAAGCUAGUUAGUAUUGUUCGUAAAGGUGGGGGCUCUCGAUACAUGUCAUGCAGUGAGAGAUUGACACAUAUAGUUGUUGGACAACCAUCAGAUGCAGAAAAGCGGGAGUUAAGAGGCUUGGCGGCUCAUGGUGUUAUACGUGUUGUUAAACGGAACUGGCUUGAAGAUUGUGAUCGUGAAAGGAAAGAGGUCCCUGUAGUUCAGAAGCACAUUGCUUAUGAUUUACUUCUUUGCAAAGAUUCGAUGAGCUUGUCAAGUAAAGCACCAGUUCCUGGUGUGAGCAGUGGUAAACAAGGGGAAAGCUUAAGCAUGCUUUUUAGCCCACCAUCUGCUCCAAGUUCGGAAGCUGUAGGCUCGAUUACUGAUAUCUCACUCGAGAAAAGUGGAGAAGACAUCUUUGAUAUCAACCUGAACAAUAGCUGCUCUACAGAGAGAAGUCAGAGAACAAAGACUUCUCCACGGAGUUCAAAGGCUUCUGCUUCAAAUGACAAAGACACAAGUCAAAUAAAUAAAUUACACAAUGGAAAGUCUAUACAUGUAUUCAUCGGGAAGCGUUUUGGUUUUUCACUUUCUUUCCCUGAUGAUCAGAGAGGUGAAGUUGUUCAAUGGAUAAAUGAAGGUGGAGGUGAGGUAAUAGAUGAUCAGACCAUCAUUGAUGUGGACUUCACCAUUAAAUCCCAUGGUGCGCUUGACAGACCAACCAACACUUCGCAAACUACUUAUGUGUCGAGUCACUGGAUUCGUUCUUGCUUAAAGGAUGGACGUUUGCUAGAUGCUGAUAGUCACAUACUUUUUUCUGCACUUCCCUGUCGGGUUCCCUUGCCUGGUUUUGAGGGCUUACGGUUCUGUGUAUCACAAUAUCCGGAGAAAGAGCGAAUGCUUUUGCGCAAUUUGUGUUUUGUCCUUGGUGCUAAGUUCACGGAGAAACUUACGAGGAAGGUUACUCACCUGUUAUGCAAAUUUGCCAAUGGCCCCAAAUAUGAAGCUGCCGGCAAAUGGGGAGUACGUCCAGUUAGAUGCGAGUGGCUUUAUGAGUGUGUCAGGAAGAAUGACAUUGUUUCACUAGAUAAUUUCCAUCCAGAAGAAGUUCCUCAACAUCCUGAGGCAGGGGUUUGCACUGUGACACAGUAUCCUACUCAAGCUGCUACAUUUAUCUCUAUGGAUAAUUCGUCACAGUUCUCAAGUCAGUCCCAGGAUUUGAGAAAGGAAAAUACCAUACGUUCUAGUAAAAGGCUAAGGUUAUCGGAAUCAAAGCAAAUUUCUGAUCAGGAUGAUAAAACACAUAUAAAUUCUGCAGCUGUGGAGAUUCAUAGCAAUGCUAAAGUAAAUGGUCAAAGUGUUCCUGAUGUUGCUGCUGCUAUAGAGGACUUAUUGGAGCAAACAAGCAAGAUUCAGGAUCUAAAGUCACCAGUUAGUAGAGAGUGUGAAACAAAAAUUUAUUCAUCUGACUGUUCAAUUCUCGUUAGAGAUCAUUCAGGUUCUCACUCUGCGUUUGGGCCUUCAAGACAUUGGUUAAGCAGUCUAGGGAAGGACCUUCACGAUGCUUCUCGAGAUCUUAACACAGGCAAUAAUGAUGGAUUUACUGAAACUCAAGAUUCUCAGUUGGUUGGUUAUGAAGAAGAUCUAAGUGGCAGACAAUUGUUGUUGGACAAAGCUCGAACCAUAAGUAGUAGCAUGACUUAAAUUUCUCUACUGACUCAAUGAGAAGGAAUGAAGCAGGGCUAUCUUCCGGUAGGGAAUGCUUAAGAUGUCACUGAAAUCAUGGCCUUGCAGGGGGGAACUUAAAUAGGUUUUCCCUCUGCAGAAUUGAAUUUCAGAUUGUCUGACGCUCUGACUUGAUAAAUCAUUACAUUGGAAUGGAGCUUUUGUUUCCAGUGAUCAUCAUUUUUGAUAGUUGGUUAAGCCUUUUCAAGGGUCUGAUGAGUUACAGAGAAGUGCAGCAGAUAACAGCAGCUGGACAUCAUUUUGCUUUUCCGGAUAUGACUUCCAGCUUGGAAGCUGGAAUCAAAAGCUGCUGAUUCACAUAUUAGUGAACGGUAAUUACUGAUACAGGCUGCUAUAAAUAUGCAUUGUGAUUCGGUUACUGAAAUGCAUUAGCUUGUUGCACGGAAAUUCCUAUCUUUCUCAAGGAUUGCUUAUUUGUACAUGGGAUUCUGUAUAUGCUGUGGCUAGGGUUGUUUGUAAAUAUAAUAACUGUACACUAGUGUAAUGUGUAGCCUUUAUGCUGUAUGUAGGAGGCUGGAGGUUGCAUUUUGUUGCAUGAGCUUUGUGUAGCGUUUUGUUCCUUGACCUUCGUUUCCUUUAAAUACGUAGUAUUAUAUUAGCUUGGUAA